AUAUACGAAAACGCACUUUGAUAAAACUUUGACUUUCCUUCCCCCUUCAAUUUUAUGUGCCUCAAUAACAAUUUUAUGAAGUCGCUUCAUAAGGAAAAGAUCGAUAAAUUAUAUGCGACACCCGUCCCAUACUUAAUUUGAUAAGAAAUUCGCAUCACGAUGAGAGUAAAUCAAGAUGUUGCCGUCUGCGGUAACAGCAUCAUUCUCGUGCCUUAUGACAAGCACCACGUCCUAAAAUACCAUGAGUGGAUGGAAGAUGAGAAAAUCCGCCAACUCACCGCCUCAGACCGUCUCUCACUAGAGCAAGAAUACGAGAACCAAGCCUCAUGGCGCACAUCAGGCGACAAGCUCACCUUCAUCAUCUGCAAAGGUGCCUCCUUCUCCAACCUAGCGGCCUCCGCGUCGCCAGUCAUAGCCGGCAAAGUCGACGUCCCAGGGAGCAUGGCGGGCGACGUCAACGCGUUCAUCUCGCCGUGGGACCCGGCCGAUUACGAGGACAGGGUGACGAUAUGCGAGGAGUACGAGACCAAGGCGUAUUGCGCCGCCGAGAUCGACAUCAUGAUCGCGGACCCGACGAGUCGGGGGAAGGGACUAGGCCGCGCGGCCGUGGCGGCGUUUCUGCUGUAUAUACGCCGCAAUCUUGAUGAGAUACUAGGGGAGUUCGAUGGUUGGUCGAGGGAUAACAAGGGGAAGCAUAAGACGCGGGUUUUGAAGGAGGUCGCGGCGAAGAUUUAUGAGGAUAAUACGGCUAGUAUUGCGUUGUUUAAGAGUCUGGGGUUUAAGCAGCGCGGAGGGGUGAAUUAUUUCGGGGAGAUUGAGCUGGUGCUUGAGGGGUUUGGGGAGGAGGGGUUUGAGCUGAAGGGGACGGUGGGUGGGGAUUUGGUGGGGAUGGGGUAUAAGGAGGUCGGAUAUGAUCGGUCGAUGUUGGAAGAGGAGGUUUAG